AUGGAAAUUCAACAAAUCCCCACAAAAAAAUCACACGGGAAAUUGCAGCGCAAGAACUUGUCAAGCUCUUUUGCCAAAGUAAUGGAAUUAGAUUGGCAUUUCCAUCCAUUUCCUUUUCUCUUCAUCGUUUUUACCCUCCAUUUUUCGUUAACAUGUUCUGUUUCUGAUUCUGAAGCAUUGCUUAGGCUUAAAAAAUCAUUUACUAACGCUGGUGCUCUUAGCUCUUGGAUCUCAGGCUCUGUCCCUUGCAAUAGACAAACCCACUGGAACGGACUUCUUUGUUUCAAUGGCAUUGUCACGGGUCUUCAGCUCGAAAACAUGGGCUUAUCAGGAACCAUUAACGUUGAUGCAUUGGCUACUAUGCAGGGACUCAGGAGCCUAAGCUUUGCUCGUAAUUCUUUUACAGGUGCAAUUCCUGAACUCAAUCGUUUAGGCCAUUUAAAGGCUAUAUACUUGAGAGGGAACCAGUUUUCUGGUGAGAUUCCCUCGGAUUUCUUCUCGAAGAUGAAGUCUCUGAAGAAAGUUUGGCUCUCCGAUAACAAGUUUACUGGAGGAAUUCCACCAUCACUGGCUGAGUUGCCUCGGCUUAGCGAAUUACAUCUCGAGAACAAUCAGUUUAGUGGGACUAUUCCAUCUAUUGAUCAACCAACACUGAUGUCAUUUGAUGUGUCAAACAAUAUACUGGAAGGGGAAAUCCCACCGAAUUUAGCAAUAUUCAAUUAUAGUUCCUUUGAUGGAAAUGAUCAUCUCUGUGGAGACAGAUUUGGCAGAGGAUGUGAAAACACGAUGCAGACAUCAUCAGAACCACCAACCGGUGUUGGUUUGGAUGCUGAUAUGAUGGUUAGCAAACACAGAGGUCAUAACAACAAUAAAGUUAUAAAGACAGUCGCGGGGGCCGUAACUCUGGCCGUGUUGCUUCUUUCUAUAACAGCAUUGAUAAUCUUUAGAAUGAGGCGAAGGGACAAAGAUUUUGAUGUGAUUGAAAAUAGAAGUAAUGGUAAUGCAGCAGCAGCAGCAGCGGCAGCAGCACUUGAGGUGCAAGUUUCGUUGUCGAAUAGACCAAAGGGAGUGGAUGCUCCCAAAAAGAUGGGAUCAAACCGUAAAGGAUCUAAUAAUGGAAGGAGUGGUGUAGGGGAAUUAGUUAUUGUGAACAAUGAAAAAGGUGUAUUUGGGUUGCCAGAUUUGAUGAAAGCUUCGGCAGAAGUGCUUGGAAAUGGAGGAAUGGGGUCUUUGUAUAAGGCGCAGAUGGCUAACGGCGUUAUGGUGGUGGUCAAGAGAACGAGAGAAAUGAAUACUUUGUCCAAAGAUCAAUUUGAUGCAGAAAUCAGAAAGCUAGGAAGACUGAAUCAUACUAAUAUUUUGACACCACUGGCUUUUCUUUAUCGGCCGGAUGAGAAGCUGUUGGUAUAUGAAUACAUGCCUAAAGGCAGUCUGCUUUAUUUGUUGCAUGGUGAUCGAGGAACAUCACAUGCUGAACUCAAUUGGUUUGUUCGUCUCAAGAUUGUUCAAGGAAUUGCCAGGGGAUUGGGCUAUCUUCAUACAAAACUUGCUUCCUCUUCCUUGCCUCAUGGCAAUCUCAAAUCAAGCAAUGUCUUUCUUAGCAAUGAUAACGAGCCAUUGCUUUCAGAAUUUGGACAUAGUCCCCUGAUCAGCCCUCCAAUGUUGGCUCAAGCAUUGUUUGGGUAUAAAGCCCCAGAAGCAGCGCAAUAUGGUGUAUCACCUAUGUGCGACGUGUACUGUCUAGGGAUCAUCGUACUUGAAAUCCUUACAGGAAAAUUUCCUUCUCAGUACCUCAACAAGGCCAGGGGAGGGACUGAUGUAGUCCAAUGGAUGGAAUCAGCAGUUUCCGAUGGCAGAGAAACUGAUUUGCUUGAUCCUGAAAUUGCAAGCUCAACAAAUUCACUUGGUCAGAUGAGGCAACUCUUGGGUAUUGGGGCUGCUUGUGUUAAAAGAAAUCCUCAGCAACGGUUAGACAUCACAGAUGCUAUUCAAAUGAUACAGAGCAUAAAAUUGGAAGACAGUAACCACGAGGGCAGGACAAUGCAAGUUUUACCAUCACUUCGAGAUGUUUAUGCAGUUGCACCACAGACCAGCGUGUCUGAUAUUCAAGAAGUUGAUGGGGAGAGCCCUAGGAGGAGACAUGGAUCAGGUAGCUUUAUGGAUGGAACUAAACACCCGAGUCGUGAUCAUUUUUCUUUUCCGGCUCCUAUUUAG